GUUUCACAGAAUUUCUGUCUUGUGACUGUUGAUCAAUCAUGGCUUCAUAGUUGCGCUGAGAAACACAGAAUUGAAUGCUUUUUACAGGAUCUGGUUAAAGCAAAAGGUUUAUUUGGGCGAAGUUUUAUAUAAAAUGUUUUCAUGAAAUAUCAAUAUUAUCGUUGGUCGCACAUGAUGUGUUCAAGGACCGUCGGAAAGAUGAUAAUAUGACAAUAAUGAUGGUUCUUACGGCUUCUGGCUAAAACGAACAGUGUAGUUUUGGCCAUUGUUUAAAGAAAACUUGCUUUUCAAUCCAGGCAGUGGGUUUUUGGGUUCGGAGGGUUAAACUAUAAUUAAAAACGUAUGACAAAUCUAGCACCAGUGCAGUUUUGCCAUUUUAAAACCAUUAACUCCCAUCUCUGUUUUCCUCUGCAGGUGGACUAUGAGAGCGAGGAAGAGGACCGAGCUGACGAUGCCGAGGAUAAAGAAGAUCAGGGGGAGGACGAAGGGUUGGGGGUGGAGGAGGAGGAGGAGGAGGAGACCACGCCGGAGGUGCCCCAGCCAGAGCCUGCAAGAGUGAGAGCGAAGAGGAGGACGAAACGAGCAGUAAGAGGGGGAGGAGACGGAGAGGAGACGUUGGAUCAGAUGAGGAUGAACUCGGUUCUGGAGUCCAACCCGGCGAUAGAGAGGUAUCGCUACGAUCUACAGCACGAGCUCUGGUGUGAGGUGGACCUGGUCCUACCGGUGAGCAAGGUGCACUUUGACCUGACUUCGGUCCUGUUGACGCUGGCCCAGAACGCCGUCAUCGUGGAGACCAAAGGCUUGACUCGCUGCCUGCUAGGCGAAACCACCACGAAGAGUGGAGAGAAGGAGACGGUGCUCAACACAGAAGGCAUCAACAUGCAGGAAAUGUUCAACCACAGCGAUAUCUUGGACAUCAACAGACUGUACUCCAAUGAGGUCCAUGCCAUGGCGAAAACAUAUGGGAUUGAAGUGGCUCUGAAGGUCAUAGAGAAGGAGAUCAAAGAUGUCUUUGCCGUCUAUGGUAUCGAGGUGGACCCCAGACAUCUGUCCCUGGUAGCAGAUUACAUGUGUUUCGAAGGCGUGUAUAAGCCACUGAACCGGCACGCCAUCCAGUCCAACUCGUCCCCUCUGCAGCAGAUGACCUUCGAGACCAGCUAUAAAUUCCUCAAACAGGCGACCAUGCUGGGGUCACACGAUCAGCUGGUGUCACCAUCAGCCUGCAUCGUGGUGGGGAAGGUGGUGAAAGGUGGAACAGGACUGUUUGAUCUGAAACAGCCUCUGCAGUAGGAGAGGAGACAUUGAGACC